AUGGUAUGAUACUCUUGCCUUUACAGUUGGAAACAUAAAACUACUACUACUACUGUCAAAAUAUUCAAAAGGUCCAUUUACCAUUUCAAAACAAAUUUGAAUUGGUGCAAGAUUAGUGCAGGAAAAUAAAUUAAAAGUUGUGAAUAUAGUUUGAGAUUCUAAAUCUCAGUUCAUUUCCUAUUUAUUUAAAUAAUGAAUAUUAUAUUACAUUUCGAGCAAUAUAUAUAUUUGAGUAUUUGGAUAUUAGCAAAUUUUUAUUCGUUAUUUUCGUUGGUUCAAGCUCAAAACGAAAUUCUUGAAAAUAAUCCUCAAUUAGGAUAUUCUUUGAGAGAUUUGGCACACGGUUGGGCAUUUGUGGAUAGAUUAAGAGACAUUUCAGAUGUAGAAUGGAGUACUUGGAAGCAUUUCAUACAGACAUCAUGGGUUUAUUUAAUCUUGCAAUUUGCUAUAUCAGAAAUAAUUAGGAAGACUAAAUUAACAUGUCUGAAACACUGGUACAUAAUAUCAAGCAUAAUGUUUGUUUUGAUAUACUGGGGCUGGAAGCCUUUAAUAAUAAUUUUAAUGCAGCCAGUUAUAUUUUCAACUAUUAUAUUUUUGGGAGGAAAAAAAACCAGUAUAUGGCUUACCAGUAUUGUGUUGCUGAUGAGUUAUAAUUCAUUAAAAUAUAAGUAUUAUUUUUGGAAUUUUUUGGAUUACAAACACAUACAAGAUGAAGAAGUUUAUUUGGUUUUAUUUGCAGUUGCAUGGAUAGAACUGCGAUGUAUUAGUUUUUGUGUAGAUUAUAUAGAUAUGAAGGAGAAAUUUACCAAAGAAAAAGCAUAUAAAGUUUCUAUUUACCAAGCAAUACUUGAUAUGUUUAGUUAUGUUUUAUAUGCACCAUUGUUAUAUGUUGGACCCAUAAUGUUAUAUGAAGAUUUUGAAAAAAGCUUCACUGUAAAAAAUGAGAAAUAUACUACAAAAUUAAAGAGAUUUGUCUGGGAUAUGUUACUAUAUUUAUUUUACACAUUCUUAUUAGAUUUAUCAUUCCAUUAUGUAUAUUUUUAUGCGCUGCAAAGUAACAUUGAGGCUAUAAAAAGUUUGCCGACAUUAGCUCUUUGUGGAGGUGGUUUAUGGAUGGGUUUAGUAUUCCAUUUAAAGUAUGUCAUAUCAUAUGGCACAACAGGAGCUUUCGCCAGAUUAGACAAUAUGGAACCACCACCAAUUCCAAGAUGUGUUGCAAGAAUUCAUGUCUAUUCUCUCAUGUGGAGAUAUUUUGAUGUUGGAUUAUACCAGUUUUUAUCCAAAUAUAUCUACAAACCUGGUUACAGUGUCCUAUCUAAUUCACUAAAGCUUUCAAAGUUUGUAAAUAAAUUAAUAGCAUCAUUAGCUACAUUCAUUUUCAUAUUUAUGUGGCAUGGAACUGUGUGGAACAUAUUUGUUUGGUCAAGUCUAAACUACAUUGGCAUUCUGCUAGAAUAUACUGGUAAAGCAGUAUCAAGUACUGAGGGAUACAAAUGGUUCAGAACUAAAAUUUUAAGAAGUAAUUCUAUGGAAAAUAGAUGGAUUGCAUUUCUAUGCUCUCCAUUACUAGCACUCUCAGCUAUAUCAAAUUUUUAUUUAUUGGCUGGUAGUGAAAUUGGAGAUUUAUUUUUUGGUCUUUUGAAAGGCCCUACUUGGAGUAAUUGUUUUAUUAUUAGUUUAUCUCUUUAUUGUUGUUGUCAAAUUUCUAUUGCUUUGAAAGAUAUCCCAUCAAGGACAGAUAUUAGAAAGAUUAGUGAGAAAAAAAAUGUAAAUGUGUUUGUUCCUAAUUAAAACUGCUGUGAUUAUGUAAUCAUUAAAAUCGUAGCGUAAUGUAAAAUUGAAAUACUUAAGACUGAAUAGCUUCUGAUAAGCAUUAAUUAAAUUGGUUAGUUCACUAACUAAAAUGAGGCAUAAAUAUAUUGGAAAAAAGGCAACGAUUAAAUUGACUGAAACAAAA